AGGCGAGUAGAGAAACCAUGUUCCAUCCAUAUCUGCUACCUCCAUCAUGUUAGUCCGACAAUCCGCCCCAAAAUAGCUCAAGUGCUCCAAGUAUUGGGUUAAAUACCGCUUUUACCCCUGCACCCUUUUUAAAAAAGUGUUCUUUUCCUCUUUAUCUGUUGAAGCUUGGAGUGUCUCAGCAAAUUGCAACAGCUCUCAAGCAUUUGCAUUUGAUGGCUUUCUGGUCAAUGUGACGGACCUUGACGCUUUCCUCUCUCUCUAUCUCUCUUUGGGUUUCUUUACGUUACUUCCUGUCGUUCACUCGCUGUGUUCAUUUCAUCUUUCACAUUAUUUCCUGCUGUGCUUCAGACCAUCUUACACUCUAAAGGGUUGUGCAUCACUAAGGAAUAUUUUUUGAAGAAAGUAAAAGGAAACAACUUUAUCGGCCUCUGUUCCAUCACUCAAUGGCAGUUUGUUGCGGGAAGCAUGUGCUAACCAUGGGUUGAGAGACUAACUAAACUCAAGUUCCCACAUGGUGUCCCCAUCAACAUUGGGUGAAGGGCAUUGUAAUGCUUCUUCUGUAAUGGCUUCUCCUUCAGCAAUUUUGAAGGGUAAGGACAGGUUGAACCUUAAAGCUACAGAAUUGAGGCUUGGUCUUCCUGGAUCUCAAUCCCCUGACCGAGAUGAAGAAGUUAAUAAUAAUGAUCUAAAACAUGGAAAAUUCAAUGAAAAGCCUUUGUUCCCAUUGCUUCCUUCAAAUGAAGGAAUCUGCUCAUCUCUCAAGGCUUCUGGGAACAAAAGAGGGUUCUUAGAAACAAAGGUCGCUUUAGUGACUCAGGCUAAUAAUUGGAUGCUUACCACUCCCAAAUCUGAUUCUCAGGCUAAUAUGAAGGACAAGCACGUGCAAGCUAAGGAGCAAGUUGUUGGGUGGCCGCCUAUUAGAUCGUUUAGAAAGAACACACUGACUUCAAGUGCUAAGGUGAAUGAUGAAGUUGUUGGAAAGCCCGGCCCCAUGGCUAUUUUUGUUAAAGUCAGCAUGGAUGGAGCUCCGUAUCUUAGAAAGGUGGAUCUUAGAACUUACACCUCAUAUCAAGAACUAUCUGCUGGGCUUGAGAAGAUGUUCAGCUGUUUUACCAUAGAAGAACAAUGUGAAAGCCCCCAAGGAGGUCAAGGCAGAGAACAUUUGAGUGAGAGUAUGUUAAGAGAUUGCCUUCAUGGAUCAGAGUAUGUGGUUACGUAUGAGGAUAAGGAUGGAGAUUGGAUGCUUGUGGGAGAUGUCCCAUGGGAUAUGUUCAUAGAGUCAUGCAAGCGGUUGAAGAUCAUGAGGGGCUCUGAUGCAAUUGGAUUAGCUCCAAGGGCUAUGGAGAAAUCCAAGAGCUGCAGGAACUAGCAGACAGCUUCUCAAGUAGCAUUUUGCUGCAUCCUAUCCACUCUUCAGCAAUCUGCCUGCCAAAAUGGACAUAUCUCUCUCUGUUUAUUUAUUUGUUCCAAUGCCUCAUUAUUUUGUUCUAGUAUGGCUGAGAUGAUGUUUUUCAUCCUAAUUAAUAUUUGUAUUGGAUGUGAUAUGAACAGUGAAUUGUGAUAAAUCAACUAAGAGACUUGUAGCAAUGUAAUUUGAUCUAUUGUUUACGUUUUGUUCAAAUAUAAUCGAAUCAUAUCUUCAUUUGAUAGGGGAGCAGGACCCUCCCUAUAUACGUGUUAUAUAGGAACCUCCGUUUGAUAA